UUUUGGGUACGAUAAUGUGGUGUAUGGACAGAUUUUAAAGAAACUGAGAGAUUUUGAAGAAACAGCAUGAAAGGUGUACAGCUGCAGCUGUUAUCAGAUAAUCGGAUUUAGUUUAUUUCUGUCUUUUAAUGUCUGACGAGAAGUCUAAUGUCAAGUCACUGGUGACUUGCACUGCUCCCGUAAAUAUUGCUGUCAUUAAAUACUGGGGAAAGAGGAAUGAAGGUUUAAUUUUACCUAUCAAUUCCUCCUUGAGUGUCACCCUUCAUCAAGACCAGCUAAAGACAACAACAACGGUGGCAUCAAGUCGGCUUUUUAAGGAGGAUCGAAUCUGGCUCAAUGGAAAAGAGGACAAUAUCAACCAUCCGCGGCUCCAGUCCUGCUUAAGAGAAAUCCGUCGCCUGGCCAGGAAACGAAGCAGUGAUGGAGACAGUAACUCUGAGAAGUUAAACCUGUCCCACAAAGUUCAUAUCUGCUCCAUAAACAACUUUCCAACAGCCGCUGGGUUGGCAUCCUCUGCAGCAGGCUACGCUUGCCUGGUGUACACGCUAGCCAGGCUGUAUGGAGUGGAGGGGGAGCUGUCUGAAGUGGCUCGCCAGGGGUCGGGCAGUGCCUGCAGGAGUAUGUACGGGGGCUUUGUGCAGUGGAUCAUGGGAGACAAGCCUGAUGGAAAGGACAGCAUCGCAGAGCAGAUACUGCCAGAGACUCACUGGCCCGAGCUCCGAGUCCUCAUACUGGUGGUGAGUGCAGAGCGGAAGCCAGUAGGAAGCACAGCUGGAAUGCAGACAAGUGUCCAAACCAGCCCCCUCCUAAAGUAUCGGGCAGAGUCUGUGGUUCCUGAUCGGAUGAAAGAGAUGAUUGCUGCAAUCCGACGGCGGGAUUUUGAAACAUUCGGAGAACUGACCAUGAAAGACAGCAACCAAUUCCACGCCACCUGUCUGGACACAUACCCUCCCAUCUUCUACCUGAAUGAUGUGUCCAAGCGCAUCAUCAGCCUAGUGCAUCGCUACAACACUCACUACGGAAGGACGCAACUUGCGUACACAUUUGAUGCUGGUCCUAACGCUGUGGUGUACACGCUGGAGGAGCACGUGGAUGAGUUUGUGGAGCUGAUCAAGCAGUACUUCCCCCCAGAGACCAGUGGUGAACAGUUCCUAAAAGGGCUGGCAGUGAGCCCAGUGUCUGUAACAGAGGAGCUGAAAUCUGCCAUUGGGAUGGAGUCGUGUCCCAGAGGAAUCAGUUAUAUCAUUAACACAAAGGCAGGACCGGGCCCUCGGGUUGCAGAAGAUACAAGCCUCCACCUGCUGGGCUCAGACGGGCUUCCAAAGCACUUGAAGCAAAGUGCUUGAGAAUUGGCCUCCACAAUGUGUAGCCAGGAUCCACUGCAAAUGAUAUCACUGAACACUGAUACAGUUUUAAUGAAAGAAACAACCUGGAACCUGGCAGAGUAAUAUAUAUUGAUUUGCAGGGCACCUUCAUUGAUGGUUUACCCAUGAAUGCCUCAUUUGUGUUACUGCUGUAGGUGUUUGAUUCGUUUUACUUUUAAACCUAGUGAAGGUACCACAGACUGGUGUUUAACAUGGCUUGCUCUGCAAUGGUUUCCAAUAUAUUUUGCUUUGUAUUUUUUCAUCCUUACAGCCUGGUCUUUUACGGUCCUUUUAUAUAACCAUUUAUUGUUAGGACUCUUGUACUCUUUAUUUCUAACAAAGUACUAGAGGCUGAAAUACAUGUGUUGCUUUUUUAACAUAGGGGUUUAUUACUAAUGAUUUACCUACAGUAAAUACCCAUGUUUAUUUUGUUUGGCCUUCUACCUACUGGUGCAUUUUAAAAUCUUUAAAAAGGCAGAUGAAAUACAGCCAACUAAAUACUGUAGCAGCACAUUCAGCUCCUUUUGCAUAAAGCAUGCAGGCUAGUUAUUUAACAAUCAGUGAACACUUGAUGAGAAGUUACAAAAAUUUGCGCAGCAAAGUGUCAUCGUUUUGGGUAAUUUCAGAUUAAGUGUUGUUUCUUUGUAGCAGAAGUGAAACCUGACUUUUCUCUCUCUUUUUUUUUAAGGUAAUUGGAGGUAUUUGAGCAAGACACACGUAGCCCUUGUGGUUUUACAGGAUGUAUAAUUAUACGUUUUCAACACCCUUCAUUUAUUUUAUAAUUCUUGUUUUUUCUGUUAUUUGGUGUGAUUGAAAUUGUAUUGAACGAGUUGACUCUGUGUUGCUGCUACCCCAUCAGGACCGCCACAACAUGCAGAUAAAGACCUUUUCUAUAUCGAAUGAAAAUAAAGAUGUAUUUCUGUAGCGGUAUGUUUGUUUAAACCUGUGUAAACGAAGCUUGUACAUCGCAUACCAGUAUUAGGAGGUUGAACCUCCUAACGCCUUCAGCAUUUCCUUUUUAGAACACAACAUUUCUUAUUUGGAAUCUAUUAGUGUAGCAUUUUCAUGAUUUACUGGUGAAACAUUACGCUGCUUUCGUCAGAGUAACAUAAAUUUUCCUCAUUUCAACUAGUAUGCAUUAAUGUGAAUAGGAGUCUGCUUGAACAAGCUACACAUAUUCACCCAUUGAUUAAUUUGAUCUCACAAGUUAUUAUUCCCAUAUAUCUGGAAAACCAAUCCAUUUUUGAUGGCGCUUAGUAUAGCCAUUAUUAAUCAUACAUCAUUAAAAGUAUCAGAUUUUAAGAUUUUAUGGAGGUGUGUCUUUAAUAGUACUUAAACAGGAUACAAGCACCAGAUUUGCUCACCAAUUACAUUGUAACUAGAGCUGAUAUUCUACCGAGGUCAAAGUUAGGGUUCAAGCUAUAGCUGGUGGUAUUUAUAUGACUGCUUGGUAUUUAAUAUUCAACCUCCAAAUCUAUGUUACACGACAAACCAAGAGAAAAUGAAGGAGUCUUUUGUACUUUACCAGAAUUUUUACAUGAGCAUCAGUAUUGAUAAUGCAAAAAACAACCGAGGACGUCCUCAUAGCUAAUUAACGCCAUGUCUGUGUUAUACUACUUAUACCGUUUUUAUUAAACUUAAUUGCUCUAUCUUGCGCAGUGCUGUUUUGCAUACAGUAUAGUGAUAGAGCAUUAAUUUACAGCUGUGCAGCGGAUAUAAACUGCUAAAACACUAUUUGUUUUUACUUUAUAAAGUGGAACAAAGAUGUUAUAGGUGCAGCAGAGUGAAAGAUCAACUCUUAGCACUUCGUUGAUUGUAUGAAAUGUAUUUAGUCUUGCUACACAUUGAGGUCUACGCCUUUUUGAGCAAAGGAUGACCAUACAGAAAAAAAACGGGUGGGGUAACCGCGAGUAACUGAAAAUAACAUCUAAAAAAUAAUAUCUAAAACAUGAGUCCACAAACAAUUUGAUACUAUUACCUUUGUAAAAUAUUUUAAAUGUUAGAAUCACCAAAAUAUAUAUUCUCCCCACACUCAUUAUAGGUAUAGUAAUAAAUAGCAUAGUUUAAAAGGAAACCCUUCCAAAACUGUUCCACCGCCUAAAAUACAUCGGACACUCCUAAUACUAGAUUACGUUUAGCAAAGGGAGAAUUUACAUUUAUAUAAGUAUACACGGAGACAGAAGCUGAAACGAAUUUAAAAGAAGAGAAACACAGUUUACCAGACAGAUUCGUCUUUUCUUUUCUUUUUUUUUUUUU